AUGGGCAGAGUUCAACUUGCUGUGAAUAGAAGAACUGAAGAAGCAGUUGCAGUAAAGAUUGUAGACAUGAAACGUGCCGUAGACUGCCCAGAAAAUAUUAAGAAAGAGAUCUGUAUCAAUAAAAUGUUAAAUCAUGAGAAUGUAGUGAAAUUCUAUGGUCACAGAAGAGAAGGCAAUAUCCAGUAUCUAUUUCUGGAGUAUUGUAGUGGGGGAGAACUUUUUGAUCGAAUAGAGCCAGACAUAGGCAUGCCUGAACAAGAUGCUCAGAGGUUCUUCCAUCAACUUAUGGCAGGCGUGAUUUAUCUGCAUGGUAUUGGAAUAACUCACAGGGAUAUUAAGCCAGAAAAUCUCCUGUUGGAUGAAAGGGCCGUGGUGCACAGUGGAGUGAUGGCAGUGCCCUUUGUGGAAGACUGGGACUUGGUGCAAACCCUGGGAGAAGGUGCCUAUGGAGAAGGGGCAAAGAGGCCCCGAGUCACUUCAGGUGGUGUAGCAGAGUCUCCUAGUGGAUUCUCUAAGCACAUUCAAUCCAGUCUGGACUUCUCUCUAGUAAACAGUGCUUCUAGUGAAGAAAAUGUGAAGUACUCCAGUUCACAGCCAGAACCACGGACAGGUCUGUCUGUAUGGGACACCAGCCCUCAAUACAUUGAUAAACUGGUACAAGGGAUCAGCUUUUCCCAACCCACAUGUCCAGAUCAUAUGCUUCUGAAUAGUCAGUUACUUGGCACCCCAGGAUCCUCACAGAACCCCUGGCAGCGCUUGGUCAAAAGAAUGACACGAUUUUUUACCAAAUUGGAUGCAGACAAAUCUUAUCAAUGCCUGAAAGAGACUUGUGAGAAAUUGGGCUAUCAGUGGAGGAAGAGUUGUAUGAAUCAGGUUACUGUAUCAACAACUGAUAGAAGAAACAAUAAACUGAUUUUCAAAGUGAAUUUGGUAGAAAUGGAUGAGAAGAUAUUGGUUGACUUCCGGCUUUCUAAGGGUGAUGGAUUGGAAUUCAAGAGACACUUCCUGAAGAUUAAAGGGAAGCUGAGUGAUGUUGUGAGCAGCCAGAAGGUUUGGCUUCCUGCCACAUGAUAAAUCCACUGGUUCUGGGAUUCCUGGUGAAUAUAGUGCUGCUAUGUUGACAUUAUUCUUCCUAGAGAAGAUUAUCCUAUUCUGCAAACUGCAAACUAUAGUCUCUGAAGAGUUGUCUUCCCACUAGCCAACAUUUUCCAAUUUUUUUUUGUAUUUUCUGCAUAUAAAUAAUACCUAUAUUUUAAUUAUAAAUAAAACUUUGGGGAAGGAUGGAUAGAAUUCAUUAGCUAUUUUUUCAUCUGUGUUUACUGUCUAAAUCUGAGACCCACCAGGUGGAAACCACGCUUUGGGGAUAUAUGAGUUUACCAGCUUUUAUACCAACAUAACUAUGCAAGAUGACACUCUUGUCCCAUUUUUAUCAAAACAUUUGGUUUUAUCCAAAAAGUACAUAUUGCUUUCACACUGAUUUAAUUAAGUGGACGAAUUAGUAAAAACAAUCCUGGUGACUUUUGGGCAGUAGAUUUAUCAGUCUGUGAAGUGAUGCCAACUUCAAAAAUUAUAUCCCGAAGAUUUUUUGUAUUCGUGUUUUGAAAAGAGCCUGACCAGAUAUAUAAACCCAUUUUUGAACUAUUGGGUUGUCAGAAAAGUCAUGACGCAUUUUUGCAAUGAAAAAAAACAGAAAAAAUACUUGAUGACUUUUCCGACAACCAAUAUAAUUAUAAUUAAAAUUGCAAGUAGGGAUGUUUUUCUGGUGUAGUUAAUAAAAUGUAAAUAUAAAACACUGGCUGGUUGGUCUUUCAAGUAGAAGUUGAGCAUAAACUCCAGUGCUUAACUACCUUUAAAAUUACUAAAUUACUGUUGCACAUUUUUUUUUU